CUCCCCAACAGGAAAACGCGUCACGUGAACAUCCUGCUGUUCAUGGGCUACACCACCAAGCCGCAGUUGGCCAUCGUGACCCAGUGGUGCGAGGGCAGCAGCCUCUACCACCACCUGCACAUCAUCGAGACCAAGUUCGAGAUGAUCAAGCUCAUAGACAUCGCCCGGCAGACUGCACAGGGCAUGGAUUACCUGCACGCCAAGUCCAUCAUCCAUAGAGACCUGAAGAGCAACAACAUCUUCCUGCACGAAGACCUGACGGUGAAGAUCGGGGACUUCGGUCUGGCCACAGUGAAGUCCCGCUGGAGCGGCUCGCAUCAGUUUGAGCAGCUCUCUGGCUCCAUCUUGUGGAUGGCUCCGGAGGUGAUCCGGCUGCAGGACAAGAACCCGUACAGCUUCCAGUCCGACGUGUACGCCUUCGGCAUCGUGCUGUACGAGCUCAUGUCCGGCGUGCUGCCCUACUCCAACAUCAACAACCGAGACCAGAUCAUCUUCAUGGUGGGCCGGGGUUACCUCGCGCCCGACCUCAGCAAGGUGAGGAGUAACUGUCCCAAGGCGAUGAAGAGGCUGAUGGUGGACUGCCUGAAGAAGAAGAGGGAGGAACGGCCUCUCUUCCCCCAGAUCCUGGCGUCCAUCGAGCUGCUGGCGCGCUCCUUACCCAAGAUCCACCGCAGCGCCUCGGAGCCCUCCCUGAACCGCGCCGGCUUCCAGACGGAGGACUUCAGCCUCUACGCCUGCGCCUCGCCCAAGACCCCCAUCCAGGCCGGUGGAUACGGGGAGUUCUCUGCGUUUAAAUAAGUGCUGCAGGCCCUUACGAGUCCGUUCCCUUAUCAACGACUGCUUCGAAAGAAGAAGAGAAAAAAAAAAAGUCUUGUGUUCCAACGCUGGAUUCAUUUCAUCACGGUAAACGACAACAAAAAAAACGACAAAAAAAAAAAUACCACGUCCAAAAGAAUGUGCGGUUUCUUCUUCUCUUCUUCUUCGACUUUAACCCCCGAAGGACGUUCUGCCCAUGGAAGCCCUCCCAGUCGACCUGGCGGCCGCACCAGACACACCAAUGAAGAAGAAAGAGAGAGGGAGGAGGGGCGGUGGGCGGGGCUAACACUUGAAUGACACAAGAAAGAGCGAAUGAAGACGCGAAGAUAUCGAAACCAAACCUUUUUAUUUUGUUUUCCCCCCGUUUACAUAAUUUUUCCGAGCGGAAGUGGACGACGAAACUGGAGCACCACUUCCUGCCUUCUGGAGGUGAGGGGGGGGGGGGGGGGGGGGGUUGCGAUGGCGGAGGACGUCGGGCCGGGUGGGGGGGGGGGGGGGGGGGGGGGGACGUACCUCAGCCCCCUGGUCGAAGAGAACGGAGGAUCAGUGGGAGUCACUUCCUGUGGAGUGGGUCUAGACAGGAAGUAGACCCCUCCCUCCGUCCCACUACUGUAACCCAGCGCUGUCGUUUCCUAGAUGUUUCCAGGCACUAGUCACGUUCCGGGCACCUGAAGAGAGCUAAAGAAUAUCGCAAUUUUUUUUUUUUUACACAUUUUUUGUUGAAAGAGAAGAGGAGAGGGUAGCUUUUUUAAUUGUCCACAAGGAAGGGUUUUCAACUUCCUUCACUACCACCCUAAGAUGCGUUUUUAUCAAUUUCCAUCAAGUUUUAAGAAACGCCAUUUUGACCAAACUCCUGAAGUACGGUAUUUUGCCAUCCACUUUUUGUUUCAGUAAAAUCCGAAUUUUAUGUUGAAACCACAAAUGUUGAAAAUGAUGGUAUGAUUUUAUCUAUAAAAAUAUACAUAUUAUCAGUUUCACUCCAGAGCAUUUGGCAAGCGGCCUGACCAGUGCCUGACAGAGUCAACACACUCCUCCUGUUCCAACCACUGGUCACGGGGGUUUGGAUGAAAAAAAACGACUUUUGUGUUUUUUGUUUUUUUGUAUCCAUGGUCACUGACCGAGUAAGAGGGGGUUCUGUUUUUUGCUGUGAUUGCUGGACCCAUGAUUGCUGGACCUAAGAUGCUGCUACUUUUCCCCAACACCCGGGCCUAAUGUUGUAUUUUAUCACAAGUAGAGCAUACUCGUGGCUUACACCCCCCACCCCCACCCUCCCCCCACCUAGCUUGGCUGCGUCGCCCGAAUUCGAACGUUAACUGAGUUUUUUCAUUUUUUUUUCUACUAUUAUUAUUUAUACCCUGAAUCCACCGCCUCUCCUCCUCCACUUCAACGCGGACACAAAGCCUAGGUGUUACUUUUUGUUUUGUUUCGGUGUUCCUGCACUCCGCUUGAAGAACAGCAGAAAAAAACGAAAAAGCUGACAGUUGCCAUCGGCGACGUAAAAUGGCCACAACUUGACCUGCUGAAGAAUAAGAGACCGGGCCUUGAGAGGCUAUGGGGUCGACACACACACACACACACACACACACACACACACACACACAUACACACACACACACACACACACACACACACACACACACACACACACACACACACACACACACACACACACACACACACACACACACACACACACACACGCGCACAAUUUUCCAUUCCAACGUGUGUGGUAGGGUCAGCGAGAAAACAGGUUUCUUUCCUUUCGUUAUCGGUUGCCUUUUUGUUUUCUGUCGACAGGCAGGCCUGCGGAUACUGACUUUAUUUAUGAGUUUUAUUUGUUGUUGUUUUUGUUCUUAAAAUGCGCUUCGUUGUUGUUGUCGUUGUUUUUUCUUUUGGCAAUCACGUCUUUUCUUUCUGACGCUCGUUUGGUCUUUGUGGCUCGUGUACUUGCACUUUGUAGAGAUUGAAGCAAAAUAAGUGAGUUGCCUUUUUUUUUAUUGACAAAUAAAUUGUGACACAAUGUUGUGAUGAUGAGUCGCUGACCCUUAAAAAAAACAUAUUUCUCUCUCACGCGCGCGUCGUCCGAAGGAGCUGAACUGUGAAUCUUCUGCUGCUAAGGCCAAAGUCUAGGAACACUUUUACAGUCAACCGUUUUUAAAAAAUGUACGCCAACGCCAUCGCCAUCGACCCUCCUUUUAUAGAACGAAAAAUACAAAAAAUUCCCCCAGUUAUCGCCGGUUGAGAACGGGUGACACCACAUCUCUGCGGGGGGGGGGGGGGGGGGGGGGUUGGGGGCGGGCCCUCUGUUAAAGGACAGCUAUGCCACACCGGACCGCUUGUGUCAAAACAUCAUCCAGUGCGCUCAUAACGUGCACAAAACCGGACGCUUUUUUUUUUUUUUUUUUUCUGACGUGUAACGCCGCGUUCACACUGUACACGUCUGUCGACGGAUGUCAUUGACUUUGCAUGGGGCGCUUUCGAAAUGCAUUGUGGGUCAAGCCGUUCCAUCGGCUCCGUCUCCCUCGUCAAAAGGUUGAGAAAUGUUCAACUUUUCAUCAGAUUGCGUUACCCAUACGUCGGACACGCCCUGAUUUUGUCCGAGAUUAGUCCAAACUCUAAUAAAGAUAAAAAUAUAUUCAGUCUGGAUCCACUUUGGUUUGAGUUGAAUUGAAAAGUGGUUUGAUUGUACAAUAGAGGUUUUUUGCCUUAGUUUUUGUCACAAACUGCCACAUUUCAACCGAACUACCAAUUUGGUUUCAAUUCCUCUUGGGGGCAGCGUGCUCAAAAUGGCGGCCGAGCGUGUGGUUACUCUUUAACGGCUCAUUGUGCGACCGCCAUCUCGAGCCUCCCCAUCUCCUUAGCAUCAACGUUUUUUUGCGUUUAUGUCGUUAUGCCCAGCUUUACAAUGUCACAAUGAAUCGUCACCCUACUUGGAAGGAUUUUAGUACAACCCCAUAUCUCGCCUCACCUCUAUCGAUGUCUCACCUUCUCAAGGUUGAACGAUGACCUCACCAAGGUCACAAUGUGAACACCUCAAGGAAAAAAAAAGCUUUUAUUUUGAAGUGUCGUUUUUUUCUUUUUUCUCAUCUAUUUAUUUUUGAAGGACAUGUUACUGUUAUUAUAAGUUAUUUGCCUACCUUUGGGGAGAUGUUUUAAAAUACGAAUAACCCUUUUGCUCUGGGAGUUGCAGAAGACUUAAAAGAGUUGUUUUGUGUGGGGGGAGGGAGGGGUCUCCACGAAGCACCCCCACUUUAUAUGGGCUCCUUCUCACACAAUAUUCUGUAUAAUCUUUAGUGUUUGACUCCACUCACUCCUCUUCCUACAUUUAAUUUUCAUCCCUCCACAUUUCCAACUGUCCUCUUUGCCUGCACCUUAAACCCAAACAAUCCCAGUUCUUACCUGAAGAACUAUCAUUUAAAAAAGAAAUGGGAGGUUUUUUCACCUGUAUAUAGCUGUACAAAGGAAAUAUUGUCCAGUUUGCUAGCAGGCAUGGAGAUUACAAAUGGAAUGAGAUUUUAAAAUGGCGCGACAAAGACAUAAAAAUGACAUUUUGAUAGGCAGACCUGAGGGGAAAAAAAGGUUUCAGUGUAAAAAAAAACGAAAUGAUAUUUAAGGUUGUAUCAUAUGGAGAAAGAGCUUAAUGUAUUUGUUGUGAAUAUCAAAAACUGAUAUAUUAAAGAAGUGCAUGAAAACCAA